GCAUCUCGUUUGCAUGCGGCGCGGAGCCGCGGCCGUGCCGGAGCCAUGUCGGCGGCGCCCCGGGGCUGCGGCGGGGCCCCGCGGGGCCGGACCGGCGAGAAGCAGUGCUCAUGGGCUUCCUACAUGACCAACUCCCCGACCCUGAUCGUGAUGAUCGGGCUCCCCGCCCGUGGCAAGACCUACAUGUCCAAGAAGCUCACCCGCUACCUCAACUGGAUCGGGGUGCCCACCAAAGUGUUUAAUUUAGGGGUGUACCGGCGCGAGGCGGUGAAGUCCUACAAGUCCUACGACUUCUUCAGGCACGACAACAAGGAAGCCAUGGAAAUCCGCAAACAAUGUGCCUUGGUGGCUCUGGAAGAUGUAAAGGCUUAUCUGCUGGAGGAGUGUGGGCAAAUAGCUGUGUUUGAUGCCACCAACACAACUCGAGAGCGACGGGACCUGAUCUUAAAUUUUGCUAAGGAAAAUGCUUUCAAGGUGUUCUUUGUGGAGUCUGUCUGUGAUGAUCCAGAGGUCAUUGCUGCCAAUAUCCUGGAGGUGAAAGUUUCCAGCCCCGACUACCCAGAGAGACACCGAGAGAACGUGAUGGACGAUUUCCUGAAGAGGAUAGAGUGCUACAAGGUCACCUACCAGCCUCUGGAUCCUGAUGCUGAUGACAAAGAUCUUUCCUUCAUUAAAGUGAUCAAUGUGGGCCAGCGGUUCCUGGUAAACAGAGUCCAGGAUUACAUCCAGAGUAAAAUCGUCUAUUACCUAAUGAACAUUCAUGUCCAGCCACGCACCAUCUACCUUUGCCGACAUGGUGAGAGUGAAUAUAACCUUGUUGGCAAGAUUGGUGGGGAUUCUGGUCUGUCACCUCGUGGGAAGCAGUUUUCCCAAGCGCUGAAGAAGUUCAUUGAGGAGCAGGAGAUUGUGGAUCUGAAGGUGUGGACGAGCCAGCUGAAGAGGACGAUCCAGACGGCCGAGUCCCUGGGGGUCCUGUACGAGCAGUGGAAGAUUCUCAACGAGAUUGAUGCUGGGGUCUGUGAAGAGAUGACCUAUGCAGAAAUCGAAGCCAAGUAUCCAGAAGAGUUUGCAAUGAGGGAUCAAGAGAAAUAUCUUUAUCGCUAUCCUGGAGGCGAGUCCUACCAGGACUUGGUCCAACGCCUGGAGCCAGUAAUUAUGGAGCUGGAACGACAAGGCAACGUCCUCGUUAUCUCCCACCAGGCAGUUAUGAGGUGCCUGUUGGCUUAUUUUCUUGACAAGAGUGCAGAUGAGCUGCCCUACCUGCGCUGCCCCCUCCACACCAUCCUCAAGCUCACUCCUGUUGCCUACGGUUGUAAAGUGGAGACCAUAACCCUGAAUGUGGAAGCAGUGAACACCCACCGUGACAAACCCUCCCUGAACUCAAGAGAGCUCCCCAGCAGCCAGAGCCCCGUCAGGAUGAGGAGGAACAGCUUUACCCCGCGGGCCAGCGCGGACACGGUAAAGCGCCCGCGGCACCACAGCCUUGGGAGCAAACCCCUCGACCUGCUGGGGCCUUUUCCAUCCCUGGAAGCUCGAGAUGGGGCUGACCAGCUGCAGCUGGAAGUCAGUGUCCAGCCUCCAGUGGGAAAUGCUUCCCCCUGAGAACCACUGAAAGCAGCUUGUGUGUGCUCUCUUUUGGGUUAAGAGUGGCCCGUUUAACAGUGUAGAGGUUCGUGCUUUCCCCUUGGAUCCUGCUGGGAAUUCCAUGGCCAGGAGGAGCCCUGGGACUGGAGCAUCCCCGGAGCACAGUGAGCCCCUUCGGCCAGUACUUGCCUUGAACUGAGUUUUUAGAGUUUUUAGAGAGUGUCUUUGCCUGUGUCUUUUCUUUCCAAAUGCUGGAAUAUCUGUCCAUGAGAUUGGAGAAAAUUCAUUUAUGGAGCUUUUUCAAGCUGCUUUUAAUGAGCCAACGUAUCCCUGGGCUUUUGGGAUUUUUCCCCCUGGUUAGAUGCCAAAACUAACACAGUGUGAUGACAAAAGAGUCAUGUUCUUACUGGCUGAGGCAGCUUUUCUUUGGAAAAGGCACUAUCAGACAAAAUACCCGAGUUUUUAUUUAUCUGUUACCAUUUCCAAGUUAUUUCCAAGUUCAAGCACAAUUAUUGUGUCGUUCAGCCAUCCAAAGAGCUCCAGUUUAACUUUGCUUCCAGAACAGCUGAUGUGAGUCCCCCCAGUCUGAGCCUGUUCCUUUGCUUGGGAUGUAACACACAGCACAUCCCAUUUGCAGGUCAGCACAUCCCACGGGAUGCCUCCUGUGAGGGACACAUGGGAAUAAAACCUCCUGUCCCUCUCUGGAAGCAGCACAGCUACCAGUGCUUUUAAAUCCCACCUCAAGCCCUACUUUAGAUUUGCAUCCUGACCUAAACCUCAUUUCCUCUCUCAUUUUUCCUGCAUUUUGUGGAUGGUUUAUCCGUUACCCCCAAAAACAUGGCUCUGCUUAGUGACUGGGAACAGUGGAGCCCCUGGGCAGGGUUUGGAGGAAGCACAAGAUUUUUACCAGUUGGCUUUUUAAUAUACCAAAUUUUAGGCCCACAACAAGCUUUUAACUUGCUUGUGAAUCAGCUGUGAAUGUUACCCAUGUCUAAUGCUGCCUUUCACAUUUUAAGCUGGUUUUUUUAGUGUUUAGAGCACACGUGGUGCAGCUGUGUCUGGCUGUGUCUGACUUAAAUCCCCCUCAACCCCCAAAUUUACUGUUUUUUCCCUCAAGCCUUGACUUCCAUUUUGCCAAACUCCCAUUUUACCCCACUCCAGCUGUUCUUGCAAUAAGGGCAAAACCCUCAGGUUUGAUGAAGAAAGGAGUGUUUGGGUACAGAGCAGGAGGCUGUUCUGGACCUGCUGUUUCCAGUUGACUCCAGGAUUUAUCUGAGCAGUUCUGAGACCCAGAAGUUGCUUAUUUUAAAUGUGUAAAUAAAUGCUGGGUAUACCCAUAGUUAGGGAAAUCUGUGCCCUGGCUGUGGAGGAGCUCAGCAGCCCCCAAGCCUGAGGCUUACCUGAGCAUUUUGAGCUCAAACCUGGUUGUUUUAAGCACUCUCCCAGAGCUUUAAUUUGAUAAAACUGAGUUAGAGAAGACCAAGGCACUAAUCCUGACCCCUUAGGAUUCCUGAGGAGCAGAAGCACGUCAUAAUCUAAAGCAAUUGUGCCACAGGGAGAGGAAAUUCGGUGGCAAAAAAUUGAAUUUUAGUAGUUUUGCUCCUCAGGCUUUUCCCCCCCAGGGGGCAGGUUUGCUUCAGCCAUCCAGCCUUGGGUUUUAAAUGUUUUUGUGCUUAGGAAUAAGCUAGAAAAAAAAAUAAAAAUGUUGAAGGAAGAGAUUUAGAGCCUGUCCAUGAUAGUUUUUUUGCUGUCACGCUCCAAAAAAAGCUCUAAACGCACAAACCCGCCCAUGUCGGGCUGGCAGCUCCCACCAAAAAACCUCCUGCUCUGUGGGGAAAAAAAGAAAAAAAAAAAGGGUAGAAAAUGUACUGUAGGGUGUUUACGCACAACAUGCUGUGAUAACUUUGUUAAAGAGUUGAUUCUGUUCGUUGUCAUCGAGUAGUUAAUGAUUGUAAGGAGACAAAAAUAUAUAUUUUUACCCGCCGGGAUUUGUGGAUGU